ACUGUGCUGAAUUGAGAAAAGCGUAAUAAAAACCUUCAUCGCGAAUUAGCUAAAGUUGCGCACGCAUUGUUCGCGCUGCCAACGAUCUUUUUCAACGAGCAUAGUGCCGCUACCAUCCACAGCAGGCGAUGGCGCUGUCACAUGCGCUGUCAACUUUCAAACUGCCAUAAAUGUCAAAACAGUUCAACAUCAAAUUGGCGGCCAUUCGGCAUCACGAAAACGAAGUUUAUUGGUUCAGUGGUCGCUUUUGUUUGGCUUGUUUUCGUUUGGUUUAUUAUCCACCGCUAGCGUAAACGUUUGACCGUAAAGCAUGUCCCGAAAGAAGCCGGGCCCGGCCGAUGCGGGUGCUGCAAAACGUCCGAAACGUGCCAACAAUCUUUACACCAGGCCGGAGAAGAUCCCACUCGGGACGAUAUUAACCGAUGCGUUCAACGUACCGUGGAAGGUAGGACCAUCGAUCGGUACCGGUGGCUUCGGGGAGAUCUACUGCGCGUACUGCUUUGCACAAGCUGCACCAAAAACGGUUGCCGAGUAUCCCAACGUUGUGAAGAUCGAACCGCACGAAAAUGGACCGCUUUUCGUCGAAACACAUUUCUACCGCAAGAUCUGCAAGGUGGACGACGUCGAACGAUAUAGGAAGCUGCGCAAGCUAAAACACCUGGGCAUGCCGUACUACCUUGCCAGCGGAUCACACACAUUGAACAAUGUGAAGCAUCGGUUUUUGGUGAUUCCACGCUUUGGCGCUAGUUUGCAGUCGGUUUACAUGCAGAACAACAAAUGCUUGCCACUGUCUACCGUUUGUCGGGCUGGCAUGCAGAUGCUGGAUGUGCUGGAGUACAUCCAUUCGAAUCAGUAUGUACACGCGGACUUGAAGGGUGAUAACAUUCUGUUUGGGAUGGGUGAUCGUGGCCGGGAGCGGUUGUAUUUGGUGGACUUUGGCAUGGCUAGCCGGGUCGUGCUGGAAGAUCAGUUUAAGCCAGAUCCCCGGAAGAAACACAAUGGUACAAUCGAGUAUACGUCGCGUGACGCCCAUCAGGGUGUAAUGACGAUGCGGGGUGAUUUGGAAAUAUUGGCCUACAACAUGAUCGAAUGGGCCGGUGGGUGUUUGCCUUGGAAGGAAGAAAAAUUGUUGAAAGAUUGCAACAAGGUGCAGCAGAUGAAGGAGGAAGGUAUGAGUGAUGUGGCUGGUUUGCUGAAGCAAAGUUUCCGGAAGCAUGUAUCGGUGCCGAAAGUACUGCAACCGUUUUUGGAGUUUGUAAACGGUUUGCGAUAUAACGAGACGCCCAAGUAUACGGUUUGUAGUAAAAUAUUCGAAAAGGCACUCAAAACGCUUGGCGCCUCAAACACGGGAGUGCUCGAGGUGAGUAUUGCCAGUGCAUCAAACGUGAACGAUUCUUCGGGACCGAUGAACAAAACAAAAACAAAGAAACGACGAACGCUGGACACAUCCAUUUCUAACGGGCUUGCUGACACGGUACCAAACACACCGGACGAUGAAGAAUACUCGACAAGCGUACGCACUCCCAAGCGAAAACAGAAGACACCCGCCAUAAGUCCUUCGUUGAUGACGCACACAAAGCAGCGCACUGUGAACAGAUCGCACGCUAUACCAGAUACAGAGCCAAACACACCAGAGGAUGACGAAGAUUCGCCCGUGCUCUCACAGAGGUCCAAACGUAGAUUGGAACGUUCCGAUGCAUCCGUUGCUGGACAAGCACGAAUGAAAAAACCCCUACUGCCUAACCCAAAAACUAUGGCUUUGUUGGACACGGUUCCUAACACACCGGAUGAGGAAGAGGAUCUUUCCCGCGCCCUGUCGAAAACGAGCCGAAAACUUAAAUCUGACCCCGAUGAGCUAGCGCCAAACCGUGGAAGGUACAAUAGAAAGGUAACCUUGGAUGAAGAACGAACCACGCGGCGCAAGGAGAAAACGCACACAAUCGUGCAGAGUGCGUCAUCGCAGGGCAUAAACAUACGCAUCGAAACACCGCGAAAGAAGCGAACGGGAACCGUUCCUACUGAAUCUCCCCAGGAAAUCACCAUCAAGCUAACGCUGAACGCGAAUGUGUCGGUCAAUACACGAAGCAAGCGGAACGGAACGGUCGUUGUUAUGUCGCAGGACUCGAGCAGAAAUGACGAAUCGCUGGAAGCUUCGCAGGAUGUUAUCGAUAUAUCUUCCGCUACUGAGGAGAACAACGUGUCCCGGAACUUGUUUGAUGAUUAUUGAACUGACCGGGUAAGCCAUCUUCUAUUCGCUACGUUGUGUAAGUACGCUUUUACUAUAAUUGUCCAUUUGGUGGUCGAAUGCUCUAGGUACAAUAAAUUAAAAUGUUGCUUUUGUAUGCGCGAUUAUAAACAAAACAGCUAUUUUGUUUUGUUCCGCAGCUCGCUGGAGGAUCUGCAAAAGUAGCGAAUUAUCAAUAUCUUUGGACAGGAAGCAUGCUUACCUGCAACGGAAAACCAUUGCAACAUCCUUUCACGUAACAGUUUGCAGACCCGGAAGAAUCAUUCCCAUAGAAAUUAUGCAUCUCCCAGGAAGGUUAUCCUGUGAGAAACGUUGGUUCUGUUUAGUAUUACGAUAGUCCAAACAAAUGAUUUAAGAAAAGCACUCAUCAUUCGUUAUUGUAGUUCGGUGUGUUAUUGUUCGCGAAAUUUCUAGCGCU